AACUCAACUUCUAGUUUGAUCCUCUCUUUAAUUUUUACUCCUCUUUAUUCCAACGGGAACUCCAAAUAGCUUGUUAUUAAGGACGUUUUUUUAGCCCCUGUAAGUACAAAUUGAUAAUUUGUCACUAAGGACUUGAAUGAUAGACUUGCAGAUGUUGUGAACAGAAUCCAGCAGAACUACUUAAAGUAGUUUUGAUUGAAUGUUAAAUACUUGGUGGGAUUCAGAAGCCCUUUUGCUGAGGUGCUAAUGGUUAAUUUGCUGCCUUCCUCCACAGGAACAAGACAUUGAAACAGUCCAUGGGUCAGUCCAUGUCACCAUGUGUGGAACACCCCGGGGAAACAGACCUGCUAUUCUAACAUACCAUGAUAUUGGUUUGAAUCACAAAACGUGCUUCAACCCCCUCUUCAAUUAUGAGGACAUGCAGGAAAUCACCCAGCAUUUUGCGGUCUGCCACGUGGAUGCCCCCGGACAGCAAGACGGAGCGCCCUCUUUCCCGCCUGGGUACAUGUAUCCUUCCAUGGAUCAACUGUCUGAAAUGCUCCCUGGAGUCCUGAAACAAUUUGGACUGAAAAGCGUGAUCGGAAUGGGAACUGGAGCUGGGGCCUACAUUUUAACACGAUUCGCUCUUAACUAUCCUGAUAUGGUGGAAGGACUCGUCCUUAUCAAUGUCAAUCCAUGCGCCGAAGGAUGGAUGGACUGGGCCGCAACCAAGAUUUCUGGAUGGGCUCAUGCUUUACCAGAGAUGGUCAUUUCACAUCUCUUUGCCAAGGAGGAGAUUCAUAGCAGCCACGAUUUGAUCCAUACUUACCGCCAGCACAUCAUCGGUGACAUGAACCAGAACAAUCUCCAUCUAUUUGUCAACUCUUACAACAGCCGAAGAGAUCUAGACAUUGAACGUCCGGCUCCAGGAGUAAAUGUUGUUACUCUGCAGUGCCCUGCACUGUUGGUGGUUGGAGACAGCUCUCCUGCAGUUGACGCUGUGGUGGACUGCAACGCUAAACUUGACCCAACAAAGACUACGCUUCUAAAGAUGGCUGACUGUGGUGGUCUUCCUCAGGUUUCUCAGCCUGCCAAGCUUGCUGAAGCUUUCAAAUACUUCAUCCAGGGAAUGGGAUACAUGCCUUCCGCAAGCAUGACCAGACUAAUGAGAUCCCGCACAGCUUCCGGCUCCAGUGUCACAUCCAUGGAAGGGAACAGGAGCCGAUCCCACACCGCGGAAGGUGCCCGAAGUCGGUCUCACACAGGCGAGGGCCCCAGAAGCAGGGCCCAAACUGGGGAAGCUCCCCGGAAUCAGCCAACACUUUGCUUUUAA